UGUUGAGUCAGUUGAAUAAAGGCAUGAGAACGAAACCGACGUGAUCUUUGAGUAACAGCAUACGAACACGAUAGUAUCGUUUUUUAAAAGACCAGAGUCUCUUUGACUCCAGCCAUGCUCUCCUCAUCAGCCCCCAACUCUCUCUACCUGAGUCUCUUCCUCUUUCUGUCGUACCACUCCCCUGUUCUCUCCUGGCAGGUUGGGAAUCGCAAUCAGUGUAUCUCUGCUCCCUUCGUACCCGGCUACAACCUGGUGGGGGAGGGAUUUGAUAUGGUCACCCUGCGUCGAAAGGGGUCAUACGUGGUGGAUGUGAUGACCUAUCUCACCCCUAAUGACACCUGCAAACUCUGCUCCAGCCCUCUUCUUGGCAACCAACUGUACAAACUGCCAGUCUCUGCAGUCGACUGGCGUUCAUACAGCCAAUGUAGCAUUGAAAUCAAAAACAGCACAGACAACUCUAUUAGCUCACUGGUUGACACUUACAUCUCCCAGGACAUUAAGGACUGGAAGGUUGCCCAAAAUUUAGAUUCACUUUUGCACUUUGGGGUGGAAGGGAAACACUCCGAUAUUUACAACUUUGCCAAACAAAGAAGCAGUGAGGAUCGCUACAGCUUCAGUACCCAAAGACUCUCCUGCAGUCACUAUAGGUAUCGGGUGCCAAAAAAACCUCCCCUCAGUUCAGAGUUCAGUAAGGAUUUGGCCGAUUUGCCAAGUUCCUACAACUCUAAUACCAAAGAUGAGUACGACCAGCUCAUAGCGAUCUAUGGCACACACUACAUACGUCAGGUUUACCUUGGGGGUCGACUCAGACGAGUCACGGCUUCACGAACAUGUUUGUCCAGAUUGAAUGGAUUCACCUCAGAUCAGGUUCACUCCUGUUUAUCACUCGGUUUCUCUGUCGGUCUGGGGAAGUUGGCAAGUUCCAGCCUUGAGUCUUGUACCCCAGUCGUGCAGAAUCGGGGUACAUCAGUCUCCUUCGGCGGUGGUCUCCACCAACACUACACAGAGGUGGAAGGUGGCUCUGGUUGGUUGGGGGAGUUUUCACUCACCCACGAAGACUCCAGCGGCUUCAACAACUGGAUGAGUAGCCUGAAAGAUCACCCAGGUGUCGUUUCAUACUCCCUUCGGCCAUUAUAUGAGCUGGUAUCAAGAAAGAGGCGGAGGGCAGGGAUGAAGGCUGCUAUUGAGCAGUACUUAAAGGACAAUGUAGUGAAAGACUCACAGAGAACACCAUCUUGUGGGUACAGUCCUAACCUGUCUUUCAAUUGCUGUCCCAUGGCGACCCGCAAGGGGACCCUGGAGGUCACCAUGGUCCGAGCCUGGGGUCUGAAAGGAGAUCCUGUUGGCGUAACUGAGAGGUGCUUUAGCUGAGGGAUUAAAAUCUGAGGAUGGUGUAUCAGCAGUGUUACUUCAUCUGUCGCUUUGUUUUCUCCUACCUACAGCUAUGCUAAGAUCGAGUUUGGUUACAUCAGGCACACAACUCAUAUAAUUAAGUCAAACUCCCCAUGGUGGAACUCUUACUAUAAUCUGGGCACGGCACACACAAACCAAGAAUUUGUGGUCGAGGUCUGGGACAAGGAUCUGCGCUAUGAUGACCGUCUGUUACGGUGUUCGUUUUCCCUGAUGAGUGGGACUUAUACAAGGACCUGCUUCCACGGUCACAGUGGUUAUGAGGUCAGGUACAAGCUCACCUGUGACCCUCAUCUGACUGGAGAGAAAUGUGAGCGCUAUAAACCAUCUCCAUUGUAAUACAUCUUUUAUUUUUCAGCCUGCAUGUUUUUCUUUAAUCUGUGUGAUACUGCAACAGGUCACAUGACUGAUGAACUGAGUCAUGCCUCAUGCAGUUUGAUCUUCAGUAUUUGCAGUUAGACAUUUCAGUCAUAUGUCAGUCAUAUUGUGGAGACAAUGUCAAAUCAUUGUUGUAUUAAAUUCUAUGUAGCUUUCUCAUGAAAAUAAAGAUUGUA